UAAUCCGGCUCCAUCCGCCCGUUCGUCGGCCAUGGAGGCGCCCGCCGCCCGCCUGCUCCUGCUGCUCUGGGCCUUCACCGCGGCCUGCGACGCCGAGGACCCGGUGCUGGUGAACGAAGAAGUCAAACGGACGGUGGACCUGAGCAGCCACCUGGCCAAAGUCACGGCCGAUGUGACCCUGGCGCAUCCGGGCGGCGCGGCACCCGCCGCCUCCUUCUUGGUGGCCCUGGAGCCCGAGCUGGAGGCCCAGAUGGCCCACCUCGGGGUCCAAGUGAAGGGAGAAGAAGAGGAGGAGAACACCUUAGAGGUGCGAGAGACGAAAAUUAAAGGUAAAAGCGGCACAUUUUUCACCGUGAAGCUCCCCUCUCCCCUGACUGCCGGAGCCAAGAUCCGCGUAUCGAUCGAAACCGUCUACACCCACGCCCUGCAGCCCUACCCAACCCAGAUCACCCAGGCAGAGAAGCAGUUUGUGGUGUUUGAGGGGAACCACUAUUUCUACUCGCCGUAUCCUACCAAGACACAGACCAUGCGUGUGAAGCUGGCCUCCCGCAACAUCGAGAGCUACACCAAACUGGGCAACCCCACACGCUCUGAGGACAUGCUAGAGUACGGGCCUUUCAAGGAUAUCCCGGCUUUCAGUCAGGAUUCUUUCAAAGUGCAUUAUGAGAAUAACAGCCCCUUCCUGACCAUCACCAGCAUGACUCGCGUCAUUGAAGUUUCUCACUGGGGCAAUAUUGCAGUGGAGGAAACUGUCGACUUGAAGCACACAGGAGCUGUGCUUAAAGGUCCUUUCUCCCGAUAUGACUAUCAACGACAGCCAGACAGCGGGAUUUCUUCCGUCAAGUCUUUCAAGACCAUCCUCCCUGCUGCUGCUCAGGAUGUCUAUUACCGAGAUGAGAUUGGAAAUGUCUCUACCAGCCACCUUUUGAUCCUGGAUGACUCUGUGGAGAUGGAGAUUCGGCCCCGCUUCCCACUCUUCGGGGGAUGGAAGACCCACUACAUCAUUGGCUACAACCUGCCGAGCUACGAAUACCUCUAUAAUCUGGGUGAUCAGUAUGCCCUGAAGAUGAGGUUUGUGGAUCAUGUGUUUGAUGAGCAGGUGACCGAUGCUCUUACUGUGAAGAUAAUCCUGCCAGAAGGGGCCAAGAACAUCCAUGUCGACAGCCCCUAUGAGAUCAACCGGGCACCGGAUGAGUUGCACUACACCUACCUGGACACAUUUGGCCGGACUGUGCUUGUGGCCCAUAAGAACAACCUGGUAGAGCAGCAUAUUCAGGACAUUGUGGUGCACUACACGUUCAAUAAGAUCCUCAUGCUUCAGGAGCCCCUUCUGGUGGUUGCAGCUUUUUAUAUCCUGUUCUUCACAGUAAUCCUCUAUGUGAGGCUGGACUUUUCCAUCACCAAGGAUCCAGCCGCUGAAGCUCGGAUGAAGGUGGCCUGCAUCACGGAGCAGGUUCUGACCCUGGUUAAUAAGAGAUUGGGCCUGUACCGCCAUUUUGACGAAGCCGUCAAUAAGUACAAGCAGUCCCGCGACAUCUCCACCCUCAACAGUGGCAAGAAGACCUUGGAGACCGAGCACAAGGCCCUUACCAAUGAGAUUGCCUCACUGCAGGCCCGCCUGAAGACUGAGGGCUCUGACUUAUGCGAUAAAGUCAGCGAGAUCCAGAAAUUCGACAGCCAGGUGAAGGAGCUGGUGCUGAAGUCAUCCGGAGAAGCAGAGAGGCUGGUGGCCGGCAAGCUCAAGAAAGACACCUACAUCGAGAAUGAGAAGCACCAUUCAGUCAAACGACAGGAUCUAGUCUCCAAAAUCGACAGCAUCCUCGAUGCUUUGUAACUGCGGUACUGCCACGUUGGGGAGGGAGCAGCUCCCGUGUGCGAUCAAUGGUCCCUGAGUGUGUUUGUCGCAGCAGUUGAUGCCCCCUGGGGUGGCGGG